AUGCUAUUCACUGUCGCAUCUACCGGAUCAUCUGCCGGGUUAUCAUCGGAUUAUUUCGACUUGGGUUCAAGAGUACUCCUAACUUGUUGGCGUAUCUCUAAUCCUACAUCGGCCGUUCAAGAGUAUCACCAAUUUACUGGAGUACCUCUGAACCUGCCUCUCUCCAUUAUGGAGAUCGACUCUAAACGCUCAACAGCCUUGACUGCGUCACCACAAGCUAUUUAUCUUGUUCACUCGCUUUCAAUAGCAAACGAACUCGAGAUUGUUUUCAAAACGAUUGUUGAAGCCCUUAUGAAGAAACUUCCAGUUUUUAUCGUUGAUCUAAACUGUCUAACCUAUCCUUUUAUUGCUUUGUAUUUCAUUUCUGCAUCAAGCUGCUUCUACUCUUGGCAAAGAGCUUUCAGCUUCCUUCUGUAA